AAGAAGUGCUCCACCGCCUCUGUGGAGGAGACUUAUGUGUUUUCUGUUGCGAAAGUAUCCGCGAAAUGAGGAAGAACGGUUUCGAAUCGUGGUGCCUAAUCAUAUAGUGCCUCCUAAGACUCCGCGUAAGGAACAUCCGAAUGGAAAGCGUCCCAACAAUAAAGUGAGGACCACCAAGUAUACGUUGUUAUCGUUUCUACCCCGGAAUUUGCUCGAACAGUUCCACCGGGUGGCGAAUUUGUAUUUCAUUUUUAUUGUUUUGUUGAAUUGGUUUCCGGCAAUAAACGCGUUCGGUAAAGAGAUCGCGAUGGUUCCGGUACUUUUUGUGCUUGGAGUUUCGGCUGUGAAAGACUUGUUUGAGGAUCGUAGGAGGUACACCAGUGAUAAGAGGGUCAACAACUCCACUUGCCGGAUAUACAACAGUGAGAUAGAUCGGUAUAAAAAAGUCCUUUGGAAGGAAGUGCGUGUCGGUGAUUUGAUCCACCUUUCGAAUAAUGAAGUAGUUCCUGCUGAUAUCCUUCUUUUACGAUCCAGUGAUCCUAACGGUAUAUGUUACAUUGAUACAGGACAUCUGGAUGGAGAAACCAAUCUUAAGCAAAGACAGGUGGCGCCUGGAUUCGUCGAAAAGGUAGGAACUUAUUACUUUACCGUUUAGUUUGCUUGGUAUUAGAUAAAUUUGGGAUUUACUAAGUGAUCCAUUAAAAUUGAGAGACUAUUAUGUUUAAUAAGACGUAAGCAUAACCGUUGGUUUUUUUUCUGACUUUAAAAUAAAAUCCAAACGUGAACCUGCUUGCGUAAAAUAGUCGACAUGAUUCAAGUCUGACAUGGUCUUAUUUGAAGCCAUAUGAAAUCCUGCUAAUGCUUUUCUAGGAAACUUAUUUUUUCGUUGAUUUUAAAGCUAAUUAACGUCAUCAACAUCACUCUGAAAUGGUAAAUGUCAUUCUUUGCAGUUUGCAGUUUGAAGACCUGUAUUUCUGAAUUUUGGUCAAUUUUGUCGGAAGUAUUUAGUAUAAAAAAAGAACUUGAUAAAAAUCAUUAGUUCUACAAAAGAACAAAUCAUGCUUAACCAUGAAAUCGAGUUUCUAAUAGGUUUCCUUAAAUAUUGUUCUUAAAAAGAUAUAAACCGAGAUAUGAAAGGUUAAUUAAAAUGCAGUACAGCCUCAGUAGGCGUAAUUAUUACGAAAUCGUGUUUUAAUAACCCGAGAUAAGUAAUUAAUUAAGUCCACUUUCACAAAAUCUUUCAUAAAAGAUAAUUGUUUUAUACAAUCAUGGUUGUAUAAGAAAACUGAAAAUAUCUUGUUUUGUAUUAUUUUGGUUAUACAUUUUUUCAUCAGCUUGAAAACUUAAUUUGAUUAUUUAUAAUUGCAACGUAUAUAACCAAUAUCAUAAUAUUUGUAUUUACUUUAUAUCAAUUACAAUCCGCUGCUGUAAUGUUUUUUUACAUGGGUUUGCAUUUUGAUACAAAUUUGUUACACGUUGAAGGUUUUUCUCACAAUAUUUAAUAUUUAAACAUUUUCAGCCGCUUGAUAUUCUUUAGUCAUUAGAUAAUGUUUGUAAAUUAUUUAUCAAUGAAGCUAUGGUGAAAUUCACGAACUUGACCUUAACGAUUUGUCCAAGUUAAAUAAAUGAUCAAGAAGCUCAUGCAAAGAUAACGAAUGCAAAGGAAAAAAACGGCAAAAAACAAACCAAUUUUCUUUUACUUAUAAGUAAUAGUUUUCAUUGAAACAAACUUUAAAAUUUCACGUUUUUGCUUUUCGUAAAAUCAACUGUUGCAACUUUUAGCAUUUAUGUUUUCACAUAUGCAUAUUAUUUUUAUAUCCGAUUGUUAAAAAACAAUAACUUAUUUUGAUAUAUGGCGUUAAUAUUGGGCUACAUAGUAAAAAAACAAAGGAUUGAACAUUGAUAUCGAAUUUAGUUUAGACAAUGUUGAACAAAUUAUGUACUCGAUGAGAACUUUGCA